CUUGGGUUCUCCUUGAGGCCCAACUCUGGCUCAAUCCGGCCAGUUUAGAAGAAACAGCUGCGUGGUUUGCUGUUGACACAACAAGCUGAAUUAGGCCUUAUUCUCUGAAAGAGUAAAUGGGCCUGCCAUUUCCCAGGGUUCACAGAAGCUGUCUGGGACAAGUUGCCAUGACCAGCCAGUCUCAGGGAGUCCACCAGCUUCUUCAGGCAGAGAAAAGGGCUAAAGACAAGCUAGAGGAAGCCAAAAACGGAAAAAGGAAACGACUGAAACAAGCUAAAGAAGAAGCGAUGGCAGAAAUUGAUCAGUACAGAAUGGAGAGAGAAAAGGAAUUUCGGCUGAGAGAAUCCAAGAUAAUGGGCUCUCAGAGCAACGUCUCAGAUGAAGUAGAAGAACAAACACGACAGAAGAUACAAGAGCUGAACAGAAGCUACAACCAGUGUAUGGAAAGUGUGACUGUACAGCUUUUGAGCAUGGUGUGUGACAUGAAACCGGAAAUCCACGUUAACUACAGAGUCACCAAUUAAAUGUACACCACACUGUGCAAAAAAUGAAGUGUGGGUGCCUCCUGCUUGCUUGUAGCUUUGUGUUUAUAUUAACUGAAACGUUAAUCUUAUUGUUUGAAUAUAUACAAAUUUCAAUGUGACAUAAUUCGCAUGUAGGCAUUGAAUUAAACAUAAAUAAAACUGUUGCUUUAUCAUUCCUGAUAACA